AGGGUAGUGCCAAACGCUGAGGGAGGCUGAUACUGAGUGCAGGCCAGGGGUGGGAGGCCUCGUUAGCAUGGGGCACAUAAGUGUGGCCCUGCGCUUCCCUCCCCCCAGACGCGGCAUGUUGCCCUGGCCCUUGUGGCGAUGGGACGGGGGCGAGGAGCAGGCGCCUGAGGAACAGGGCCCCUCACCAUUCGGUGACCCUGGCAAGGCUUGGAACUCUGGAGGUGAAGCCCUGGGAGAGCCAGGUACACCCCCACAGGACAGCCCUCAGUCCCGGUCCCCCAGGCCCUCCUGGACCCAGAGAGAACAGCUGCUGGCCCUGCCCCCCACAGGCCUGGUGGCCCAGCAGUCCCCAGGAACCCCAGUUCCCCUUUCCCCCCAGAUGGCCUGGGAGGUGGCCUCUUCAAGGAUGACCCUGCUGGAACCAUGGGACCCCAACUACGAGGCUACAGCAGGACCUCAGCUGGCAUGGCGGCCCAGCUGUGCUUCCGGUGCCUCCUUCUCAGGCCGCACUUUGUGUCAUCCUUCCUUCUGGCCGCUGUAUGAGGCAGCCUCAGGCAGGGACUGCAGACCACUUACUUCUGCAACAGUACAUGAGAAUGGUGAGCAGGCGCCCAGGGAUGCAGGGUUCCCGGUGAUGUGCUAUGAAGAUGUCUUUCUUUCAGACCCUCUGCUGCCACCUGGGCAGCGUGUUCCCCUCUAUCUGUCUGAGGCCCCUCAGCAGGUGAGCACUUUUCUGUCCUGGCCUCAUCUCAGCCUUCAUGCAGGGCUUGGGAGGAGACACUUCCCCCUCCUCUCUCCUCAGGUGAUGGGAUCUCUGAAGCUGCUGCUCCCGCCCCCUAUCAUGUCCCACCAGGUCAGCCCCACACGAUCCCCUGGCUGCUGCACCGCCUGGCUCAGUGGGCCUGAGCUGAUCGCCCUCACUGGCCUCCUACAGAUGAGCCAGGGGGAGCCAAGACCUAGCUCCACGGGUUCCUUGGCAGCUUCCAUGCCCCCUUCUGGUCCCCCAGACCCUGUCUCUGGUCACCCAGGCCCCAGUGGUGACCCGAGCUGUUCUCACUGCACUGACCCAUCUUUCCCAUGGACCCCAGACACCAGUUGUCCUUAGCACCUCUGGGGCAUCAUGGGCUCCCUACUCUUUCAGGUGGUUAAAUUGACAAUAAAACAGUGUUGGUUUGCAAACAGGCUCCUUGUGGUGAGUAGCAGAAUGGGGCAUCCAGGCAGGGAUGGAGGUCUCUUCCUCCAUGACAGCUUUGGCUGCCCUCCCCUCAAGUUCUUUUUACUCAUUGGCCACCUCCUACAGAGGGUAGGGGAAUACAUGGGUCUAAUACCUUUUCAGGCUGACCAAGAAAGUCACCUUUAAUAAGGGAGCCAGCCCACAGUACAGUUCCCUAGACUGAGUAUAUAAGAAGCAAAGAUUCCAUCAGCUCUGCCAGGCCUGGGAAAGGGAGGAUUGUGUAAGCAUGUGGCUGACAUUGGGAGAGGUAA